GAUCUCGAGUUGUAAGAUCACCUCAAUUCAGUGAAGCGAAUGCGCAGGCGCAAGCGCGAUCGUUUGGUGGUUUCGGUGGUUUCGGUGGUGACCCGUACGGUAACAGACCCUAUUACCACCAUCACCAUCACGGACAUGGAUUUGGUUACGGUGGUGAUAGAGGCUUUGGCGGUGGCUUUGGGGGCGGCCGAGGAUUCGGAGGAGGUGGUUUCGGAGGUGGAGGAUUUGGUGGUGGCGGUUUCGGAGGUCGACCUGGUGGGUUCGGAGGACCUGGAUACGGAUACGGAGGAGGGCAGAUACCUCAGGGAUCCAUCAGUAUAUCUAAAAGCGUCAGUAUUAAUUCCGGCCCUGGUGGCGGCGAGGCUCAAUCCAGUGCGAACUCUGGCGCUUACGGAAAGUAG